GUUAACUAUGUCAAUGAGAAUUGUAUUGUUGUAGAUUGGAAUGCUUGAAAGAAAUUCCACUUGGUGAUUGGACUGAUGGGAUACUAUGUAGCUUCGAAAUGCAUGUGAUUCAGUUUGUGCUUUUUUCUUGAUGAUUAUCAAUUUAUAAUUUGGUUUGUUAUUUAUUUUCUUGUUAAUUGAAUGGUUCUUUGUAUAUUCAGGACCAUCAGAAUGUCAAGAAAGACAUUCAUUCUUGUUUAUUUGAUAUUGCUGAAGUGAUAUUUCUUUGUAUAUUCAGGACAAUCGGAAUGUCAAGAAAGACAUUAAUAAUUUUGUAAAAUUUUCUCACAUUAUUUUAUUUAUUUAGUUAGUUUUCAAAUUGGGUUGGUAUGUAUUAGCUCGUGAGUUCCUCCUAUACUACAAAUGAAUAUAUUAAUUUAGAAAGAAAAAAAGAUGUAGAAAAGUCAGCAGCAUUCUCUUCCAAUUUGGUUUUUUUUUCCCUUUAUCUUUUAAGUAUUUAUUUAGUUUUGAAAUUACUGAGUUCUUUUUUUUUUUUUUUGGGUUAUGUGUUUGUUUGCAAAGGAUGAUAGUGAUGUGGUAUUGAUGGCCUUUCUUUGUAGGUAGAAUUAGGUUACAUUAUAUUCAAUUUGCUUAGUAGAAUGAUUUUUUUUUUACAUGGUAUUUAAAAUAUAAAGAAAUCAAUCCUUAAUCCUAAAUCCAACUUGACCAUUGCUUUAGUUCUUUGUGCAUACGAUUUUAUUCUUUCUUUCUGUCAAUUCCUUCUAAUUGUGGCAAUAAAGUGAAUAUAUAUGUUGUUUGUUUGUUGGGGACAAAAGAAAGUCUCACAUAUAUCUUUAAACGUUAAACUUAGUGAGGGUGUGGGCUUUUGAUGUAGAAAUUCACUCACACCAUCUAAUUCUCUAAUGAAACUUUUGUAUGUGUCAAAAUUUUGCUAAUGCUAAUUGAAGUAAAUAAAAAAAAUUUGUGCUAGAGCUAGAUCUAAUGUAAAAUCUUCAUGAGCAGUUAAUAAAAUAUUAGUUUUGAUGGCUGGAGGGAUUAUUUACAUUAUGUUAUUGUUUUACCUCUGCAAUUUAUUGGAGAUUAUAGCUUUUAUAGUCAUUAUUCUUCAUUUUAUUUAGUAACCUUUAAUGUCAAGUUAUACAAUUGUAAAUUGUAACUAGUUUGAGUAAAUUGUAAGUUAUACAUCAAAUGGUUAGUGUACUAAAAGCUAUCAGUUUGUUUUAUUGUUAAUGUGUUUGUUGAUUGAUUUUGAUUGCACUCAUCAUGAUUUUGACUAAAAUCUUACGUAAGGUAGAGUAGAGAGGGCAGUUACCAUUAUUCUUCAUAGCCCUCAUUUUUAAAAUCUAAAGAGAGAGAACCAGAUAGCAAAAAGAGAGAACUUGUGCUCUCAAGGGGUUCAGCCAGCCUAAGAAUUCUUCUUAGGGAAUUGGAAAACCAACUUUGGAGAAGGAAACUCCAUAGUCUCGGCUUAGAGAAUUCAAGAGCAAGGGUCUGUUGAAGGAAUGAAAGUCGUGUGUCAUGAGCUGACACAAGCCACUAAUGAUCCAGAAGGCAGUGCAAUGGAUGAACUUAUUAAAGAUGCAGACAGACUUGUUUCAUGCCUUGCAAACAAGGUUGCCAAGAAAUUUGAUUUCAGCUUGACAGGAGCAUCAUCUAGAUCUUGUAAAUAUGUUCUCAACACCCUCAUGCAGACAUUUCAAAACAAGAGACUGGCUUAUGCUGUCAAGGAAAGCACUCUUGAUAGUCUAAUUACUAAGCUCCUUCUAUGGCUGUUGGAUGAGAGAGUUCCACAUAUGGAUGAUGGCAACCAUCUUUAAAAGCUUUGAAUGUUCUGAUGCUAAAGAUUCUGGUUAAGACUUGCCAUUUCAUUUGUAUCUCCAUCCUUCAAAGCAUCCAUUUGUAUCUGCAAGACUUGGGGAUGGAAGAAAUUAGAAGACGAUAUGCUUUUUUCUUUU